AUGUUUGAUGAAAUUAUGCAAGUAUGUUUUACUACUACUACUACUACUACUACUACUACUACUACUACUACUACUACUACUACUACUACUACUACUACUACUACUACUACUACUACUACUACUACUACUACUACUACUACUACUACUACUACUACUACUACUACUACUACUACUACUACUACUACUACUACUACUACUACUACUACUACUACUACUACUACUACUACUACUACUACUACUACUACUACUACUACUACUACUACUACUACUACUACUACUACUACUACUACUACUACUACUACUACUACUACUACUACUACUACUACUACUACUACUACUACUACUACUACUACUACUACUACUACUACUACUACUACUACUACUACUACUACUACUACUACUACUACUACUACUACUACUACUACUACUACUACUACUACUACUACUACUACUACUACUACUACUACUACUACUACUACUACUACUACUACUACUACUACUACUACUACUACUACUACUACUACUACUACUACUACUACUACUACUACUACUACUACUACUACUACUACUACUACUACUACUACUACUACUACUACUACUACUACUACUACUACUACUACUACUACUACUACUACUACUACUACUACUACUACUACUACUACUACUACUACUACUACUACUACUACUACUACUACUACUACUACUACUACUACUACUACUACUACUACUACUACUACUACUACUACUACUACUACUACUACUACUACUACUACUACUACUACUACUACUACUACUACUACUACUAUUUAA